AUGAAGUGUGUAAAAUUUACAAACGUCAGAAAAUUAUGUACUUAUCAAAAAUUGAAUUACUUUUAUGAUAACAAACGGAGAAAUUUAUUGGAGCAAACUUCUAACCUAAAAAAUGAAUCGCAAGAAAGAGACAUUAUUGGACCGCCGGAUGAAGUUUCUAAUUUACGGCCAAUUAUUUUCGUUAAACCAUCUAAUGAAACUAAAUUAGAAAAAGAUUAUCGUGAAGCUAGAGAAGCAACUCAGAAUUGGAAUAAAAAGUUUUGGUUUGAUCAUAACUCCAAGUUCAUCAAGGAAAGAAAAGAAUUUCAAAAAGAACUGGAAGCUAAUGGGAAUAAAUCAAUAACAGCUGAUGAAAUGUCAGUGUUUUACAAAAAUUUCUUGGAUAAAAACUGGAAAAAUCACUUUAAUUAUAACAUUUCAUGGUAUCAACAAAAUAUUCGAAUACUUUUUCUAGAACUUAAAGUUAGAUUAUCAAAAUUUAAAUUUAAAUAA